CGUAAAAGUAUUUUUGUGUCAAAAAUCACAUCACAAGACACCACAAGACAAGCCAUGGAUGCGAUCGCCGGGACGUCAGUGAAGACGUCUUCGUCGUCCUCGUCGUCGACCACCAAAUCAUACGACGAUUUGAUUGAAUACUUGUGUCAUUUGGGGAAACCAUUGGUCGACAAACUGUACACCAAUUCGGCCACGAGUUUAGCCGUAUUUCGCGAAUUACCCGAAAUGGCCAAACACUGUGUCAUGAGAUUACUCUUCGUUGAACAGCCCAUCCCUCAGACGGUCAUCACCUCUUGGGUCAAGAAUACGAGGCAUGUCUUGAGACACAUCUCUGUGUUUGUAAUGUUUGACUCAAUUCUUGAUUUUAGCGAACACUUGGAGGCGUCGGAAGUGUUGACCAAAUUGAAUGUCUGGAAGAGUCAGACACUGCAGACAGGACUUCCCGGUUGGCUCCUCAACCAGUCGUUCCGCGACAGCCUUAAGACGGCUCUAUUGGGCGGUGGCGAACAGUGGUCUGUAUAUAAGGAACUGCCGAAAGACAAACACUCGCCAGACAUCGAGUCGUUGGACAGUUACGCGAAUAAGAGGUGG